AUGGCGAGAAGAGGGAACUCAUCGCUUGCAGGGUGAUGGUAGUGAUGUAGGCAGGGCUGCUCUGGUCUGGGAUGAGAAGCAAAGCCAGACAGAUCUACCUGACACCUUUGGUUUCUUUUCCCCCAAGAAGAAAGGAUCUUAAAAGCUCUGCCACAAGAUGGUUGAAAGUCAGAAAGUCCCCGGAGUGAACCUAGGACCGACCACUGAGCCGCAGGUUGUCCGGAUGAUAGUGAAGACCCCAUGGCAGGUGGAAGAAUUUCUGGUCCACAAGGACAUGUUUGUCAGAGAGUUCAAGGAACACGUCGCCAGACACUUUUCCUCUUCUCCUAACCAUGUCGAGCUGGUGUAUGGCGGGCGGAUCUUAAAAGAUCAUAAGACCCUCAGCCAGCAUGCAAUCCACCUGGAUGACAACGCCACUGUCUACGUGGUCAUCCGGUCUCAGCGGGCAGCGCCAACGCAACAGGUUUCUGCCGCUCCUACCAGCGCCACCUUGGACCAGAAGCCUGUUCGGAGUAGCACGUUUGCUCGCAAUAGACUCCGGGAACUGACCGCCAGCCUGGGCUUGAACACGGCCAACUUUGAUGAGUUCCAGAGCCAACUCAUGUCCAACCCAGACAUGAUGCUCCAGCUCUUGGAAAACCCUUUCAUCCAGAGUAAGCUCUCCAGCCCUGGCCUGAUGAAGGAGCUAGUCACCAACAACCCCCAGGUGCAGCAGGUAAUGCAAAGGGCUCCCGAGAUCAGCCACUUCUUCACCUCCCCAGAGGGCAUGAGGCUGGUGGUGGCGCUGGCCAAGAACCCGGCCGCUGUGCGGGAAAUCAUCCGAUCCCCUCCUCAGGCUCUUGGCUCUCCAAGGAGCGUCCCCAGUGGAGACAACAACAACCUCUUGCAGGACACACUUAUGGAGGUGCAGGGCCUGGUGGAAAGGCACUUCCCCAAAAGGCAAGGGCCUUCCCCACGUGGACAGUGUUCCCCCCAUGACCGUGAGGAACAACCUGGACAUAUCAGGGAGUGCCUCUCUUCUCCCAAAACCUGGCCCCCAAAGACAGGGGUCCCAAAAGUAGCAUCCAGUGGCAGUGACCACAGCAAAGGUGAGAGCAAUGGGGCCAUUCGAGGGGAGUCUGGCCAACUUGCCUCGGCCACAGUGAAGAGCCUGCUCCACCAGAUCAUCAAGCACCUCAUGCAGAACAUCACAGGCAGCCCUUGCAGAAACCCCGCUGGGCAGCCGCUCAGUCAUCCCCCGAAGGUGUUGGCCCAAAUGAUCCAGAGGAGAGCAUCAGGGUCCAAGAACUCCCAGGAGCAAGGGUCCCUUCACAUCCCGGCCCUCCUGCAACAGAUCCAAAGCAUGGAUGUCCUCCUGGCCAACUGGAACCCAAAAGAGAUCCAGGGGCUCCUCGAAAUUCAGCAGAGGCUGCAAGCCCUUGCCACGGAUGAGCCGGCAUCGGAGAGGCGAGGCCGGUCUGAACGGCCUGCGCGGAAAGCCCACUCCAUCACUUCUCUCUGUGAUGUGGCCCAACCGUCAACCUCCAGGAUCGGCCUCCAGGAUCUCUCUGCCCAACAGAUCUUGCAGACUCUGGUAGGGUCUGAUCUCUUUUCCAGCUCAAAGACCACCAGCCGCCUGCGGGGCUCCUCUGCACAGCCAACUGCCAAGCAGAAGCGGAUGUACAAGCUCUGAGCCAGAGAAGAGACGGGAAGUUGUGCCACCGAUGGAAGGGAGAUGUUGGGCACCCGCCGCUGCCACAGUUGCCAUUGCCAACCUCGGCGAUGACAACGCCGACAAGGCAGGAGCUUCUGAAAAGAUUGGGUUGCAUUGUUUCUGAUGAUUAAAAAAUCCUUUAAAUCUUUUGAAAGGUCUUUCUC